GCAGCGCCACGUAGCUCCACAGCUCCGGACGCGCCGAUCACUGGGUAGCCCUCGGCAGCGCGCACACUCUACAGUGUGGUACCGCGCGCCGCACACUCUAGGACCGCCGCAGCGGUGCCGCACACCGGGAGACACCCAGGGACUACGCAGCGAUGGCGGCCCUGCCCGGCAUGGAGAGUUUGGUGCCCAACGUCCAGGCCAUUUUACUGUUGGACGGCGACGGCCGCCGCAUCGUGGCCAAGUACUAUCGAGGAGCGCGGCAGUGGGACUCGGCCGCCUUUGAAGCGAAAUUAUUUAAGAAAACCAAAAACGCCGCGGUAGCUAGAGGUGAGUCCGAUGUCAUCCUGAUAGACAAGAGCGUGGCGGUGUUCCGCUGCGGGCCCGACGCAAGAGCCUACGUCGUCGGCUCGUCCGACGAGAACGAGCUCAUCCUGAACAUGGUCCUGGACGGUCUUGUGGACGCUUUAACAGCGCUGCUCGGAGGCACCUUCGACGCGCGGACGUGCUUCGAGAACCUCGAGACGGCGAUGCUUUGCGUCGACGAGGUUGUGGAUGGAGGGGCCAUCCUGGAGACGGACGCGAACGCCGUGGCCAAUCGGGUGCAAAUGAGAGGUGUGGAAGGAGGCCAGCCCAUCACGGACAUGACGGCCUCGCAAGCGAUUAGCACGAUCACGGACCAGAUCUUCAAGACGAUGAACACGUAGUGUUCGGCGCGCCUAAGUAGUUUCUAACU